AUGGCUGCAGAUGGACAGGACAAAAAUUGGAGUGCUAAUAGGAACAGGCCUCGGAGGCAUGAAAUCUUUCAGCAAUGGAGUGGAAGCUCUAAUCCACAAUGGAUAGAACAAAAUCCCGCCGUUUUUCGUUCCUUAGUCCAUCACCAACAUGAGUCUGCCCUGUUGGGAUUGGUGGGCGCAUGCCGGGCUCUUUCUCAUAGAAAUGAUGAACCCCAGAAAGCUUCCAGACCAAGAGACAAAGAUCGUGACGGUUUUGUUAUGGGAGAAGCAUCUGGAGUGCUGUGGGAUGGUAGUGUGAAAUAUAAAAUUUUCCUAUCUAAAUUGUCGGGGGAUAUUGCUGAGGUUAAUGCAAUCAUUGAUGUCUUUAAGGGCUCGCCGGAGAUAAAGAGGAACUGGACCAAGUCAUUGAUCGGACAUUGCAGACAUUGCCUUGGGGCUGCCAGUGGACUGGAGGCUAAUGCUAUAGCAACCAUAAAAGCAAUCACCACUGGCUGGUUGCAUCCAACUAUUGACCAAGAUAACUUGGAGCCUGAUGUCACAAUCGACACUGCCAAACGUGAAGAAAAGCACGUAAUGUUGCUCUCUCUCUCUCUCUAACUCAUUUGGCUUUGGCGGGCAAAAUUCGGUGGUUGUCUUUGCCCCCUUCACACCCUAAAUAAAGUUAACACUUUGUCUUUUCCCUUCAACUUUCAAUCAGUACGACAAUCAUAAUUUUGAGAUGUUGAAGUUGUGCUAAUCAUAAAGAAGGUGAUGUUAGUGUUGGAAUCAAGCAUGGUGUAAUGAUUCUUGAAGGCAAUGUUGC